AGCAAGAACAAUUAUUCAGAAAGUAUCUCUUCCAAAACCCUAAUCCUCUAUCUCCUAAUUUCUCGUUCUCUAGUCCUCUAAGGCUUCGGCCGAUUCUAUCUUUCUUUUCUCAAAUUCCUAAUUCUGUUCUUAAUCCCUAAAUCUCCAAUUCUCGAUAGAACCCUAAUCACAGGGUUCUAUUAGAGAUGACCACAAAGCUGAACUCAGUAUUGCUCUAGAGCUCCUGGAAGUUUCUUGGAGGCAGAAUUCCCGUGAGCUCUAGCUUUGUAAGGGAGACAGGAAUACCGACUACUUUCAUAGGGCAGUGAACUAUAGGCGGAAGGUCAAUUAUUUUGAUUUUAUCAAAGUCAAUGGGACUCUUCUUGAGGAUUAUGAUAUUAUGGCUGAGGGUAUUGUGGAUUACUAUCGUCAUCUGCUUACUGAAACUAUUGUUAUUCGGCGCUUUCCAGCUAGUUACUCGAAGAGAAAACUUGAUGCAGGGGUGGCAGAUGUUUUGACCAGGCCGUUUUCUGAAGUCGAAGUGUUGGCAGCGAUUAAGAGAUGUAAUGGUUGGAAGGCUCCUGGUCCGGAUGGUUUCUCCAUUGAAUUCUACAAGAAGAGGUGGGACAGGAUGAAAGGGGAACUUAUGGCGGCCAUCAAUGAACUUCAUAUCUAUGACAUCCUUCCUAAGAGUGCUUCUCAUUCGUUCAUAUGUCUUGCUCCAAAGAGGGAUGUCGUUGAGGAUGUUCGUGAUCUCCGACCCAUAAGUCUGUUGGGGAGCUUAACAAAAUCUUGAGAAAGCUGUUGAUGGGGAGAGUGUGUUCUGUGCUACCGAAACUGGUACCUAAAUAUCAGCACGUUGCUGUUAAAGGGCGCCAAAUAAGUGAGGCUGAACUGAUUGCAAAUGAGUUAAUAGACAGUAGGCGAAAAACUAAAAACCCCGGGCUGAUGUUCAAACUGGACGUGGAAAAGGCUUUUGAUAAGGUUAACUGGGGGUGCCUUUUUAAUAUUCUUGUUUCGCUUGGUUUUCCGUCUAAAUGGGUACAAUGGAUACGCGGUGUUAUGUGCUCUCCGGUGAUAUCCAUCCUUGUGAAUGGGGAGUCGCGAGGUUUCUUCUCUACCAAUAAAGGUUUGAGGCAAGGGGAUUCGCUUUCUCCAGCUCUGUUCGUUUUGGUAAUGGAUAUUCUUUCUUUUGUUCAUGACAGCCUCUCUCAGAAUGGUAAAAUAGCUGGUUUUUGUAUGGAUGAAAAGGGCUCGAGAGGGCAGGUCUCUCGCCUGCUGUUUGUGAAUGACACUUUAGUGUUUAACGAUGCUGUCCGUGAUCAAGUUCUCAAUUUGCUGGCAGGUCUUGUUUGUUUUCAAGCGAUGACUGGUCUUAGUAUUAAUUUGGACAAGUCGGUGAUGUUUACUAUUGGCUAUGUUUCAGAACCUCUGUAUUUCGCGGAUUUAUUUGGAUGCAGUUGGAGUAAAUAUCCAAGUAAGUACCUAGGUUUUCCCUUGGGCGCCAAGCCUAAUGCGGUCGCUAUUUGGGAUCCAGUAUUCAAAAGUGUGAGCAGCGCUUGACAGGGUGGAGGAGUAGGUACUUGUCGCUGGGAGCUAGGAUUACUUUGAUCAAAUCUUGUCUCAGCAGCCAACCAGUGUACUAUAGCUCGCUCUUUAGGGUGCCGAAGACAGUAAUAAACAGAAUUGAGAAGUUGCAGAGGAAUUUUUUGUGGAAUGAAGCUGCAGACACUCGGAAGCUGCAACUUGUGAAGUGGGAGAUAUGUAAAAUUCCUAGGAGCGAGGGUGGGUUGGGCAUUGUGGAGUUCGAUUGUUUCAAUAGAGUUAUGCUUAGCAAAUGGUUAUGGAAGUAUGCGGUGGAAAGGGAGAGUUGGUGGAGGAAGCUUAUUGAGGUGAAGUAUGGGACUAGUACUUCGAAGUGGCAUUGCUCUCGGAGAAUAGGUGGGUGUUCGAGCUCGGUAUGGGAAAAUAUUGCUAAAGUUCAUGGUGACUUUUGGAAGCUGGCUUAUGUGGAACCGGGUUGCGGAGCCUGAACUUCUUUUUGGUAUGACAGUUGGAUUCCUAGGAUCAUGCUGGCUGAUUCCUUUCCUCGUACCGCUGUCGUCGCCACUAAUCCUAAAGCCCGACUUUCCGACAUUGCUGUUUUUUCAGGUGAGUGUGUUUCUUUGAAUAUACAGUUUCGUUGGGAGGUUAGGGGUGGGGCUUGGAGGGAGAGGCUUGGUUUAUUUGGUGUUCUUAAUUCUUUUGAUACUAGAUUACUUAGCCUUGGUCCAAGUAGGGUUAUUUGGUCUCUGAAUCCAGAUCACCCGUUUUCUGUGAGAUCUAUGUAUAGGUGCUUGAUGGAAAAGAGGUUUCAGGGUGAUAGAGAUUUUCCAGCAGCUUCGGUUUGGAGAGAAGUAGUACCUACCAAGAUCUGCGGGUUCUUAUGGCUUGCCUAUCAUAAUAGUGUGCUCACCCUAGACAACAUCAAAAAGCAUGGCUGGAGCUUGGCGAACAGGUGCGAACUGUGUUGGUGUAGAGAGGAAUCCAUUGGACAUCUCUUGAUUGAGUGCAAUUUUGCAAGGGAGAUUUGGAGUAGAAUUAGUGCAACUUGCAGAAAUGUCAGCGUUCCCUCUGAUGAUGUUGUAAAUAUCUUCAAGCACCAAACGUCCUCGCAACCGGUGAACAUUGGUGAAUGGCUCAGUUCUUGUCUUCUUCAUGCUGUUGGAUGGGCUGUAUGAAAGGAACGCAACCACCGAUUAUUCCGGCAAGAGUACCGUCCUGCCAUGGAGGUGGCCUGCUCGAUUGUUAGGAAUGCUCUGGAUUGGAUUGUGGCACAUGGGAAAGUAUGUAAGAGUACUGUGGAUGUCUGGCGUGCUGUGUGUUUGCGUCGAGUCAGAGGUUGAUUGCUGAGUUUUGGUGUGGAGCAGCUUGCUUGGUUCAUGUUUUGGUGGGAGUGUUUGGUUUUGGCGCUUUCCGCCUUUGGCGUUGGGUUUUCUUCUUGCUAGCUUGGAUAUUGUUUUUGGAUUCUGCUUCUCUGGUCUUGGGAUUUUUCCAGAAAUAGCACCUUUAAAAAAAUAUUACAAAAAUAGCACCAAUUCCGUAGAAAUUACAAAAAUAGCACCCUUUUUAAAAGCCGCACCCCCUGGUGCGUUUUGCAUGUAAACCGCACCCCAAGGUGCGGUUUAGAUUUGUGGGCCAAAACCGCAUCUUGGCCAUGCGGUUUGCAGUCUGACCUAACCAAACCGCAUGGCCCAGAUGCGGUCUAGUCCUGACCUAGCAAAACCAUUUGCUUCUCCAAAAUAAAACGCACCCUCAAAGUGCGGUUUUGGCAAAACAAACCGCACCCCCCUCAUGCGGUUUGUGUGUCAAUUAUUUUUCGACACCAGACAUGCAGCCAUGCAGAUUGACAGACGUGGGGUUGCAUGGCAGAUGAGUAAGGAUGGCGACGUCCUUGAGUGUGAUGGUGCACUCUCCUUCGCGAAAGUUGAAACAAUGGGUCUCCUUUCUCCAUCUCUCCACCAAUGCGGUGAUGAGUUGGCGAUCGACUUUUAUGCCUACAAAAUGCCUAAUCGACUCCAACCGUGCCCUUUUGAGAAAUGGCAAGAUAACUGGGUUCCAUGAGAGAACAUUGGUCGUACCUCUGUAGCGAAGUAUUUGUUGUGCCUCCUAGCAAAAAUUUCAACGUUAUUUAUGAUAUAUUAGUAACAUUUUAGUCUUAUAACUAAAUUAAUUAAAAUUUAUGAUUUAAUUUUGACCAUUAUUAAAAUUUUUAUGAUAUAUUAGUAACAAUUUAGUCUUAUAACUAAAUUAAUUAAAAUUAAUGAUGUAA